UCAGCGGUCCUGUGCGAGGAAGAUGCUGCCGAUCAGGAAGACCGCGAAACAGGGCAAAAGGGGUAUUCUAGAACGCUUGGACGCUGGAGAAAUUGUGAUCGGAGAUGGGGGAUUUGUCUUUGCUCUUGAAAAGAGGGGAUAUGUAAAAGCUGGGCCUUGGACUCCUGAAGCAACUGUAGAACAUCCAGAAGCAGUUCGUCAGCUUCACCGAGAAUUCCUCAGAGCUGGAUCCAAUGUUCUGCAGACCUUCACCUUUUAUGCCAGUGAGGACAAACUAGAGAACAGGGGCAAUUAUGUAGCUGAGAAAAUAAGUUGCCACAAAGUGAAUGAAGCUGCUUGUGACAUUGCAAGAGAAGUGGCUAAUGAAGGUGAUGCUUUAGUGGCUGGAGGAGUCAGUCAAACACCAUCUUACUUAAGCUGCAAAGAUAAAACAGAGGUUAAAGCAGCCUUUCGAAAACAACUGGAAGUCUUUAUGAAGAAGAAUGUGGACUUCUUAAUUGCAGAGUAUUUUGAGCAUGUUGAAGAGGCUGUCUGGGCAGUUGAAGUUCUAAAAGAAUCUGGAAAGCCAGUUGCAGCUACGAUGUGCAUUGGUCCAGAAGGAGACAUGCAUGGAGUGUCCCCUGGACAAUGUGCUGUCCAGCUGGUAAAGGCUGGUGCUUCUAUAGUUGGAGUCAACUGCCAUUUUGAUCCAGAAACUUCCAUUGAAACUGUGAGGCUGAUGAAAGAGGGCUUGCAGGCUGCUAAACUGAAAGCCCACCUGAUGUGCCAGCCACUUGCUUUCCAUACUCCUGAUUGUGGAAAGCAGGGAUUUAUUGAUCUUCCGGAAUUUCCCUUUGGUCUGGAGCCAAGAAUUGCCACCAGAUGGGACAUUCAAAAAUAUGCAAGAAAGGCCUAUGAUUUAGGAAUUCGUUUCAUUGGAGGCUGCUGUGGAUUUGAGCCAUACCACAUCCGAGCAAUAGCUGAGGAGUUGGCUCCUGAAAGAGGAUUUUUGCCAGAAGCUUCUGAGAAACAUGGUAGCUGGGGUGAUAACCUGAGCAUGCAUACUAAACCCUGGGUGAGAGCAAGGGCAAGAAAAGAAUACUGGGAGAAUCUGAAGCCUGCUUCUGGCAGGCCAUAUUGUCCUUGCAUGUCAAAGCCAGAUGGCUGGGGAGUGACCAGAGGAGCCAAGGAGCUGAUGCAACAGAAAGAAGCAACAACUGAACAACAGCUGAAGGAGCUCUUCCAGAAAAAGAAGUUCUAAUCCACUGCAGAUAAAUCUUAAAAUGAUUUAUCUGCAGACCAUCUCAUGCUUCAGAAGAAAAUCUGUGAAGAUGAGUACUGUGUUGAUUUAUCAGUUAAAAUGUAAUGAAAGAGACAAAAUGCAGAAAAAAUGUGAUUACAUAGGUCUAACUUUGAUAAUGAAAUCCUUCUCUGGACAAAUAGUUUAGAGAAUACACAGUAAAAAGUAAUUUUGGAUUCUCAUAAUAAUUGA